CGUAUCGAUUGAGCAGAGAAGGUCAUGGAGCCGAGAGGAGAUUAGCAAACUAGAGUCGCAGCCAGGAGAGAGCAGCGGCCGAGCUAACGCCUCCUCUGAAUAGCAGCGAGACAGGAGAAGGAGAAAAAAAAAAGAAAAAAAGGACAGCCAAAAAAAGAGGGACGAGGCGAAGGACGAGAGGGGCUGUUACAGUAUGGGGGAGAGCUACAUGUACCAGAGACUUCCCUACACCAGAGGACAGGAAGAGGGGGAGGAUGAGGACGAAGAGGAAAGAGACGGAAGGAUGAGAGAAAGUGUCCAGGGACAAAUGAUGCAGUGUGAGGAGGGGACAGAGUGGCUGCUGGAGUUGCUGACAGAUGUACAGUUGCAGCAGUACUUCCUGCGGAUCCGCGAUGACCUCAACGUCACGCGACUUUCCCACUUCGACUAUGUCAAAAAUGAAGACCUGGAAAAGAUUGGCAUGGGGCGGCCGGGUCAGAGGAGGCUGUGGGAGGCAGUCAAGAGAAGAAGAGCUCUUUAUAAACGCAAGUCCUGGAUGAGCAAGGUGUUUCCAGUGAAACGGCCCGAUGCUGCCGACCCCCAGCAGUCCACCCCUCAGGGGGCGUCGUCCGGCCCAGAGCAGGCCAGUAGCGAAUCUGCAGCCUCGCUCACCUGCCUGAUCAGAGAGACGGAGCUGCAGCUGUUUGAGCGGCUGGGAGACGGCACGUUCGGAGUGGUGCGGAGAGGAGAGUGGACCGGUCCCAACAGCAGAGUGCUGUCAGUGGCAGUGAAGUGUCUGAAGGCGAGCGUGUUGGACUCAGACGGUCUGGACGAUUUCAUCAGAGAGGUGAACGCCAUGCAUUCCCUGAGCCACCAGAACCUCAUCCGCCUGUACGGCAUUGUCCUCACGCAGCCCAUGAAGAUGGUGACUGAGCUGGCCCCUCUUGGCUCCCUGUUGGAUCGUUUGAGGAAGCGUCAGGGCCACAUCCUCAUCUCCUCACUGUGUAACUACGCUGUUCAGGUGGCAUGCGGCAUGGCCUACCUGGAGCAGAGGCGUUUCCUCCACAGGGAUCUGGCCGCCCGCAACGUUCUGCUGUCUACUAAUGAAAUGGUGAAGAUCGGAGACUUUGGCCUGAUGAGAGCAUUACCCACACACACUGAUCACUACAUCAUGGAGGAGGGCCACAAAAUCCCUUUCCCAUGGUGUGCUCCAGAGUCUUUAAAGUCUCGUACUUUCUCUCAUGCAUCCGAUACCUGGAUGUUUGGGGUCACUCUGUGGGAGAUGUUCACCCACGGACAGGAACCGUGGCUGGGCCUUAAUGGGAGCCAGAUCCUCCACAAGGUGGACGUGGAGGCUGAGAGGCUGUGCAAACCAGACGACUGUCCUCAAGAUAUCUACAAUGUAAUGCUGCAGUGCUGGAGCCCCAAAUCUGAGGACAGACCCACCUUCGUCGCCCUCAGAGACUUCCUGCUUGAGACCAUGCCUACAGACAUGAGAGCCCUGCAGGACUUUGAAGAGGAAGACAAGCUGCAGAUUAAAAUGAAUGAUGUCAUCACCAUCAUAGAGGGAAGGGCAGAGCACUACUGGUGGCGAGGCCAGAACAGGGGAACGCUUCGUAUCGCUCAGUUCCCUCGACACGUGGUGACGGCAGUGGCCGGCCUGUCCGCCCACGACAUCAGCCGGCCGCUCAAACACUCGUUCAUCCACACGGGACACGGAGACACGGAUCCUCACAGGAGCUGGGGACAUGCAGAUCGCAUAGACAGUCUAUAUUUGGGAAACCCUAUGGACCCACCUGAUGUUCUUGGAAUGGACCCUUGCGCUGCGAGACCGACGAAACUCCCCAACCGUGCCAAGAAGCAACCUCCCCCUCGUCCGCCUCAGCCUGCUGUUCUGCUGAAGAAGCCGUUCUACGACUCAGUGAUGGACGAUUACGACGAUGAGGACGACACCAGCACUUCGUCCGGGCUGAAGAAGCUCGGUGUGUCCCUCGGCCUGAAGCUGCGGACGUGGGAGGGGUCCGGCGUGCGAUCGGCCAAAAGUGAGAUGUCGCUCAUCGACUUCACCGAUGACAGCUUCAGCUCAACCACGCCCUCCCCACUCACAGAGACACGGCAGCCAGAUGAGGACACGCUGAAGGACACCCCCUCUAUCCUUGACUGGCCCCUUCCGCAGCCAUCUUAUGACGAGGUUGCUACAGAGCUCGAUGACCAAUCGGAGGACCAGGAGGUGCGGUCUAUCAACAGGGGAGUGACUGAACAGACCUCACCAAUGUCAGGCAGGAGUGAGUCACAAUCGGCCGACCUCUUCCAAGAGCUACAGAGAGAGGUGAUGGUAAAGCUGCAAGUUCCCAUGGCAACAGGUCGCUCCCUCCCCUCCUCCCCCCUUCCCAUGCCCCUGGCGCUUGUAGGCCCCCACAGACAGAUAUACCUGCCUCCUCCUUCUCCUUCUUCCACCUCCUUCAACUCCUGCUUUGAGGACAGGCCGGUGCUGCCGCCUCGCAGCCCCGUCCCCCCGCUGCGUCCUUCCAAACACAACCCCUCCAACCGCAUCUCCCACCCGCAGGCGCGCACCAGUUCCAUCUCACUGGAGCUGGAGGACACGCCGCCUCAGAUCCCGCCCAGAGACCACGCAUUCUCCCAGCCGGGCUCCCGGUCCUCCUCACCCCUCCCACUGGUUCCGCCACUGUCCUCCUCGCCCAUAGCCCUGCCCCCUCCUCCCAUGUCCGUGUCCCCUCGUCGGUCGUCCGGCCUCCUGGGUCCCCUCCUGUCCUCCAACUCCUCCUCCUCCCUGCCUAAAACUACAUCCCUUUCCUCACGGCUGGCAGCUCCAGACUCCUCUUACUCAUCCAGCUCCUUACUGGAUCCUCUCACCUUUCGUGAGGGGCGUGGACUCUCCUCGCUGAUUGACAGCCCCCAGAUUUCUGUUCCUGCACCGUUGCCAGAGCGACCAGCUUUUCUGGAAAGAUAUGGAACAGCCAAUAUGGCGGCAGUGAAGCCGAUGAUGCAGCAGCCUGGUGGAGCCAAACCGAACUCCUCCUACAACAACAAUAAUGGGCGAACUGCAGUUCCCAGCAUGCAACAGGAGCAGCGCAUCACACAGGUCCAAGGAGCGGUACACGGUGUCACGCUGGAGGAGUGUAAGGCUGCUCUGCAGGGUUGCAAGUGGAGCAUCCCUCAGGCUAUAAACCAUUUGAAGGUGGAGCAGUUGUUUCGUCUGGGCCUGCGAUCCAGAUCAGAGUGUGAAGAGCUUCUGCAGCGCUGCCAGUGGAACCUGGAACAGGCCAGCACGCUCAUGCUGGACACAUACGGGCCACAUUGCAACAGGAAGUGAUUGCAGAAGGAAACACUGACAAGCAAUCAACUACUGAUGAGCCACCGGUGUCAAAACUGAUGAACGCACCAACACCGAACGGCUCGGAUUACUCAUCUCACUCCAAGGACCCCCGAGACACCGUGUCGCUUUUCUUGAAUGGAGGAACAUACGGCAGUAGAUGUGCCUCACUUUAUGUACUGUGAAUACCUGCUUCUACCUGUGUCACACACACAUGUGCAUGCUCAUUAUCAGCUAACAGAGCAGCUUGUUGAAUGACUCACACUAUUUACUUGAAGAAAUGCUAUUUAUGAUUGUUAUUUUCCAUUAAAAAAAGAAAAAGAAAAGAGAGAGUUUAUGUUUCCGCUGGUGGCUACUGCCAACUUUUACUGGGUGAGAGUUGUGUGUCUGCUUUGAAUGCAUCUUCAGGCGUGUGUGUACAAGCACUCAUAAGCUUACAGUUAUGUACAAACACUGUAAAUGCCCAUGCCUUUUUGCUGUUAAUGAAGCGAUAUAAAAUCAGGGAAAAUGUCAGCUAACGAUGUGGUUGUACUCGUAUGUCUUUGUGAAAAUGUACAGAUUAAGAUGUUGUAUUGUUUAUAACGUUUAACUUGAGUGUGUCGACACACGAGCGGAUAUUUUUGAGGACACGGUAACUGCUGGUCAGAAUAUGAACAAUUUAUCCAGUGAUAGAUUGGUCUUAUAUCAUGUCAGGUAUUAUUAAUGUAUCAUUUGUGUCUUAAGUAAAGCUUUUUAAGCUUUACAUAGGCAUAAAUUGUGAAAGGAAAGAAGGGUUGUGAUUUCUAGUUCUGUUUUCUUGUCAUUAAGGAAGGUAAUAAGAUGCCAAAACAAAUACAAAGAUAUCAAUCAUCUCCCGCUGAAUACAGGGUAUUAGGCACUGAGUUAAACCUCCGCAAAUUAGAUAUUUAAUGCAAUUCAGUGUUUCCUAUAAUAGUUACGGCUGUAUGAUAAUCAUAAAUAUAUGCUGAAAAGCUUAAUUGUCAGAUUUACCAACAUAAGUAGGCUACUACUGUGUGUGUAUGCAUGUACUAGUGUUUGUGUGUGUGUGUGUGUGUGUGUGUGCGUGUGUGUUGCUGCAGGCAGUGGUUCUUCAGGACAUCAAUCUUUGUGUUUUGUGUGCACAUAUUGAUUAUGAGCGAGAUCACUGAUGAAAUGUUAGCAGCCAAACAGAAAAGGAAAUUAAUAGCAACACAUAGUCAAUGCUUGUAGCCACAUUUUAACACGCCAUUAGUCACUGUUGGUUUUGACAGUUUAGACAAGAAAAUCUAAAUGGCCACCCAGGAUAUUGAGAGCAGACACUGUGGCCGGGCAGCAAAGACGUUACAUACUGUAUACUUGGUUUUUAUGUAUGUGUGUGUGUGUGUGUGUGUGUGUGUACGCUUGUGUGUGUGAUACUCUGUCUCUGUGACUCAGUCAUGAGCUUCUGUAGUCACACUGCUGUAUGUGAUGCCGACUGCAUUAUAAUAAUAUAGUUGCUUAUAAAUGCAUACAUUGCCUGUUUUAUAAUAAAGUGAAU